GACUAAACCAUAUUGAAACAGAUGAGCAAUUAACUUGGCCCGUGUCUUUUGUUCCUGUCAUCUCGGAAAUACGUGAACUGUUUCCGGUUUCAGGUGCGUUCUAUUGUAACUAGCUAGGUUUGCACAUAACCAGUAUGCGACUUUUCCCCGUUUCGACGUUAAAGGUUUCCUAGACACUUAGCUAAUGUCAUAUGAACACCUGUAAACUGUCCCAGUCGAUUUGUUGGAUGAUUCCACGACGUUAAGAUACACAUUUGAAUUGUCAAGCGAACGAAAGCCUUUUAUACGUGGUCUUUGCUAACUAGCCUAGCCUCAAACUGUCUAAAAGAGACCAAGACCAAGAAGUGGAAAAGAGACUACACACAGUUAAAUUUGAAGAUGAAAUAUUUGUUCUGCUUUUCGUUAGGCUGAGGAACUCCAGAAAAACAUUCGUUGUCAAGAGUUGGAAGAUUUGCUUGUUGCAUUCCUCGACUAAACAAUAGUCUUUACCCUGCAAUGUUAGCUGCCCAUGUACUUUUAGAAAGAACCGUAACAUAUUAUACAUACUUGGCUAAGUAUAUUUCUGUAGACUAGGCCUACUAAACUAGCCAUUAGCUAAUGUCCGUAAUUCGUCCGGAUAUUAGGGAUUCUAAACUAUUUCUAUCACUUCAAAACCAAAGGUAAUCUUUUGGUAUGGUUUAUUUGUUUGACGUUAGUGUUAUAAGAGUAAAAGUAGGUGAAGAAAGGUGAAAGUCUUGGGGACGACAUGUAGCUAGUGAGUACCCUCAUUGGAAUUUUCCCUUGGGCGUUGGUGGUUGGUUUCGAUUUAACACUAUUAGGUGUGUCAUGUGACUCGUCCUGUGGUACACACUUUCCCUCAUCAUUCCCAGUGAUCUCACGGCAAGGAGAGUUAAUUUGACUUAUCUAAUGUACUAUAGCUAGGCUAUAGUCUAACAAACCCUCCUACAAAAUCUUAAAACGGAAAUAAAUAGACAGAAUUAAGGGCGCUAAACUAAGGGAACUGACAUGACAGCUGUAGUAGGAAGAGUUUGGGGGUGGGUGCGUCCCGCUAUCUCCUACCGGCCCUGGGGUAGCAAAGCAGGACCUGACAAAACCAUGAGGGACAAGCCAGUGGCUGAAGAGCAGCAGACGAGAGGCAGCUGGGGCUUCUUGGGGGGGUUAACAACUUGGGUUUGGGGAGCCGGAGAGAAAAGACAAACAAGUGAACAAACAACAUUGAUCGAAGAGUACUGGGAAGCAAGUGAGGAGAAAAUCCAGUCCAGGGAAGUUGAAGAGCUGGGUGCGGGAAAGCAGGAGGCUGAGGGGAAAGCAGAACAUGGUGACUCCAGAUGGUGGAAUAAGGUUCUGCCACCCUCGCACUUAUUCUGGCCGAGAAGAGCUGAACCUGGUGGGCUAAGUCAGAGGAAAUGUGUCGGUGCAGGAUGGGACUCUGACAAAGAUGGGGAGUAUUCUGACUACGGAACCCCUCCACCGUCUCCCACACCUAGCUCCUCAUUAGCCUUCCGGUUCUUUGCACUCGCCUGGAAUGGGGUGAUAGUUCCGGAACACUAUGAGAUCUGCUUCAACCUCCUUCGCCACCUGUUUGACCUGCUCGUGGUGGGCUUCCUGUGGAUUGUGUCCCCCCCUACCAAGUUGGUCCUGGAGGUUCUAGGGGUCCAAGGAGGACUGAAGUUGUGGCUCCAUGGAAUGGCCAUGUUUUCUGUCUCCACUGUUGGAAUGGCGGGACUGCUUUGGUUGGUCCAAGAGUAUCUUCUACAGUUUGCUCUGUUGUAUGGCAUCGUGCAAGCACUGGUCAUCUCUGUCAGCAUCCAGCAGAGUGUGAUCCUAGGAGAGGGGGAUGAGGAGUAUGAAAAGGAGGUGGAGGACGUGGAAGUGAGAGACGAUGAGGAAGUUACAGAGAUGUACUUGACUACAAAGGAAAGAUGAUCCUUGAAUGAAAGUUUGUUUUGACAAUCAUCUGACAUGGAGGGAAGAGGGAUGUUUCGAAAGCCUGACAUGCAGGGAUUGAGGGAAGUUGUUUCGAGAGCCUAUAAAUGCAAAGACGAAGACGCAUGAAAAGAGCUGAGCCCAGCUGACACUGCAAUGAGGAACGGCAGAGGCUGGAGGACUUUAGGCUAACACUUCACUACUGUGAUAUUCAGUGGCGCUGAAGCAAAGCACAUCCACUACAAUCUUGGUCAUCUAGGCCCAGUGAUACCACUGUUGUCGUCUAGGGCCCAGUGAUACCACUGUUGUCGUCUAGGGCCCAGUGAUACCACUGUUGUCGUCUAGGGCCCAGUGAUACCACUGUUGUCGUCUAGGGCCCAGUGAUACCACUGUUGUCGUCUAGGGCCCAGUGAUACCACCGUUGUCGUCUAGAGCCCAGUGAUACCACUGUUGUCGUCUAGGGCCCAGUGAUACCACUGUUGUCGUCUAGGGCCCAGUGAUACCACCGUUGUCGUCUAGGGCCCAGUGAUACCACCGUUGUCGUCUAGGGGCCCAGUGAUACCACCGUUGCCGUCUAGGGCCCAGUGAUACCACCGUUGUCGUCUAGGGGCCCAGUGAUACCACCGUUGUCGUCUAGGGCCCAGUGAUACCACCGUUGCCGUCUAGGGGCCCAGUGAUACCACCGUUGCCGUCUAGGGCCCAGUGAUACCACUUGUCGUCUAGGGGCCCAGUGAUGCCACUUGUCGUCUUAGCACAGUUCUAUUGUUACAGAAUCCUGUUUCCCUCUAGUUAGACUUCUUUUACAUUCAUUUUGUUUUGUUCAGACAAACUUUUGAAUAUCUACUUGACAGAUACCAGCACCCUUUCAGGUUUCUUUCUAAGCUUUUUCCAAGCAGAUUGUUGUUGUUGUUGUUAGUUUUGGGACAUAAGGUUUAUUUGCCUUGUAUUUCAUUUCCUGUGCCUUUAAUAUUUAAUAGUAUGCCUUUUAUUAUAUUAUCCUUGUCUUUCUCCAUCGCAAUCAGUGUUAAUUGCAUUGUAAGUAAACUACACAUUGAAUAUAUAUUUAUCUGUUUUGUCACACGUAUGUUCCUGUUUGAAAGGUACGCUACAGUCUUAGAAACACAACUGUUUAAAUAUAUAUAUAUUUUUAAUCUUACAAUUGACCUUACAAUUGUCCAGUAGUAAGUUUUGCACAAUCACAUAUAAACCAACAGUGAUGCUCAGGAACACUAAUUCUACCUGCAAGAUUUUUGUCUCAGCAUGUCACAAUCUGUAGUAGGCGCGUGUGUAAGAAGAGGAUUCUAACCAGUGGAGUCUGGUGGGAGGAGCUGUAAGAGGGCGGGCUCAUUGAAACAGAAAUAAAUGGAACGUAUAGAAACCACGUUUGACUCCAUUCCACAAUUCCAUUUCAGCCAUUACAAUGAGCCCGUUCUCCUAGAGCUCCUCCCACCGGUUCUCACCCACAAUGCCCCUGUAUUCUAAAAAGCUUUGAAGAACAUUUCUAGUUUCUACAAUGGCCUUUCCCAGAUAUUUUUUUGUAUUUGUAGCAUAACAUACAGCGAUCACAACUUCACAGUGAUGCAGAAAGUUAUAUGAUAUAUAUAUAUAUACUCAUUGUGUGCUGAUAAUGGGACCUGUAAACAGUGAUACCACAUCGGUGAUUCCUCUCUGCCUUUUAUCUCUCGUGUUUAAAUGUCAUCUUUUGACUUGUUACUCCACAUGUUGUUUACAAAGAAAGAUGUCUUGUAAUGAGAAUGUGCAAUGUCUCUCCCCCUCCCUCCAAAGACAAGUGCUGGAUCACUGUGAAAAUGACGAGGCAGCAACACUUCAACCUGAAAACCCCACCAGGGCCACGUUCAGUUGAUCAAACGUUGCAGAUAGAAAUGUGACGAAUAGAGCCGCCAAGGACUCCUUGUUCUACGUUUUCAGAGAGGCGUGUUUGUUCUACAUGUAUUUCUAUCGUAAGGUUCCACGACGGGUCAUUCUGAACGCAUCCCAUGUCAACGUUGUGUUUUGUAAAGGGAACGGAUGUGUAAUGUAAACAACGUGUUGAGAAAAUAAACUUUGGACCUGAUACUGUCCUAGAUGUCUAUACCCAUUACUGUACUGUAUACUGACUCAGCCUGAAAUAUUUCGCACUUGGUAAAUAAAUAAAGAAGUGCAUUGCUGAAUCUCAGAAUUUA